CUCUCGCUCUCUUUUCUCUCUGUAAGGAGAAAAAACUGCUUCUCUUUACCAGCAAGUUCGAGAUCGGAACCCUAACCCUAGAGCCCCAAUCUGAACCCAUGUCUCUGCGGAAAGCCUUUCGCUCCCGGAAAUUCUCCAAAUCGUUCAGGGAAUUGAAGCUCAGCGACGAGGAUCAGGCGCGUGGGGGCAACCGCCGAGUCGUCCGCGACUCGGACUGUGCUGACUCAUCUUCAUCGCCGUCGUCGUCUUCGUGGUCGGAUAUGCUCCCGGAGCUGCUCGGUGAGAUCAUACGGAGAGUGGAGGCCAGCGAGGACAAGUGGCCUCACCGCAAAAACGUCGUCGCUUGUGCCUGUGUCUGCAAGCGGUGGAGGGAUAUCACCAAGGAGAUCGCGCGGUCUCCUUCGUACAGUGGCAAAAUUACCUUCCCUUCGUGCCUUAAACAGCCAGGACCACGCGAUUUUCCCCACCAAUGUCUAAUAAAACGAAACAAGAAGACCUCAACGUUUUACCUUUAUCUUGCACUUACCUCAUCAUUCACCGAUAAGGGAAAGUUUCUUUUAGCAGCACGGAGAUACAGGCAUGGCACUAACUAUGAGUAUAUAAUAUCACUUGAUGCUGAUGACAUAUCCCAAGGAAGUAAUGCUUAUGUGGGAAAAUUAAGCUCCGAUUUUCUGGGCACCAAUUUUACAAUCUAUGACAGCCAGCCACCGCAUAGUGGUGCAAAGCCUGCUAGCAGUAGGUCUACUCGUCGUUUUGCAAGCAAGCAAAUAAGCCCCCAAGUUCCGGCAGGCAACUUUGAAGUUGGGCAGGUCUCUUACAAGUUCAACCUUCUAAAAUCAAGAGGUCCAAGGAGGAUGAUUUGCCCGCUUAUUUGCCCACCAUCAGAUGAAACUGCCAUUGGAAAACCUUUGGACAAUUUAAAGUUGAAGAAAACAGCUUCUACAAGUUCUGGUUACACCUUUUUGAGGAACAAAGCUCCAAGAUGGCAUGAUCAGUUGCAGUGCUGGUGUUUGAAUUUCCAUGGUCGGGUCACGGUGGCAUCAGUAAAGAACUUUCAACUGGUUGCAGCUGUGGACCCAAGCCAGCCAGGAGGGAAAGGAGACGAAGAAACGGCUCUCCAGUUCGGGAAAGUGGGUGAUGAUACAUUUACCAUGGAUUAUAGGCAGCCUUUGUCAGCGUUCCAGGCAUUUGCUAUUUGCCUUACCAGCUUUGGCACCAAACUGGCGUGCGAGUAAGAUAAUUUCUUUUGUAUUGUUUUUUUCUCUUAAAUGUUUAUUUAAAGAGCCGGUGCUGGUGCCUGUGGAGAUUUCCAUUAUGUAAGAAAACUCAACGGUUCAGUUUCGGCUUCGGUUGGACGAUGCUUAUCAUGUAAAUGUUGCUUUUGUAUGAUUAUGUCAUGGGCUGCUGUUGAAAUCAUUGGUGGUGUUUAAUAUAUGUAAUUUUAAAAAUAAUUGUAAAAUGUUGAAUGGGGUCGGUUUUGC